UCAUAUAUCAAUGAGCAUCUGUAGUAAAAACAAGAAGGAAAGAUAAUACAGGAUUAGCCUUGGAGUAAGAUAUAACAGUGAAGAAUGGUGUAGUGUGCCCUCAACCAACUGAAACUCUGCAUGGAGUGGCUUUGGGCCAUUUAUUCUCUUACAACGCCACCAACUUCACCUCUUGGGAAAAAUAGGAGAAGAGAGCACUGCUGUAUGUGUGCUGCCUUGAGCUUUUGUACACACAGUGGGACAUAAAUCAAAUGCACACCAAUAUACAGUGUGGAGCCACUCUCUGAAUAUAGUUUUGAUACUGGGUGAUUAAAGGCAGUACCUGAGCAAAAUUGCCAUUCGCAUCCUGUAUGGUUUCAUCCUCACAAAUGUAAAGGAUCCUGUGGGUCAGGAGCCAAUGAUUUAGAAUAUUUAGGAGCUAAAGAGAAGGUGCAUAAUACCCCUUGUUCCUAUUUCCCCCCACAAAAACUAAACUCUCCCUCUGUUCUCCAAACUCUAUCCCUUUUAAAAACCUUACCUUGGCUCCAGGUUGAAGAGUAGAGGAACCAUGUGAGCAAGGAGAGAAAAUCUGCAACUUUUUCCUCAGUAAGGGAGGGGGAAAAAAUCCCUCCAAAACUUAAAGUCAGCUAGAAACUGCUGGGGAAUGGCUGGCUGGGGAAUUCUGGGAGUUGAAAUCCACACAUCAAGUUGUCAUUGUUGAGAAACAUUGGUCUAUCAUUUAAGUCCUAGCUGGGCUGCAUUAGUCAAAACAAAUAGCUAAAGCUUGUGAAGACCCAGCAUCAGUGGUAGGGUUCAAAUAUGUGAACAACCAGUUCUCUGUGUGGAUGCCACUUUGGGAAGUCCAUUCUGGGCCUGGGCAACAAAAACUUAGCUACCGGUUCUGCCAAACUGGUGCAAACCGGCUGAAUUCCACUACUGCCCAACAUCCUCCAUUUUCUGGCACAACUUUUAUAGAUGACUUUUUUAAAAAAAAAAGUUCAGGGGAACAAGCUGGAGAAAUAUUUUCUCUCCUUGCCCGCUUGGUUCCUCUGCUCUUCAGCCUGGAGUCAAGGCAAGGUUUCUAAAAGGGAUAGAAAUUGGAGAGCAGAGGGAGUUUAUUUUUUAGCAGCUAAAUGGGGCAGGGAGAGAAGAUCAACAAGUCUGUCCCUCCCAGCUUUUUUGUCUAUUUGUUUGUUGUUUUUAACUGAAAAAAUGUGGCUAUUGGAGGAAGGAGGGAAAGGCGUUAAGGAAAAGAAAGGUUUUGGGAAGCUUGCUGCCUUUUGUGCAAGGGCCCUCUUCCCAAAGCCUAGAGAGGCAGGAGAGCUUUGGCUCAUGGACAGCUGAUGGGCUGAGAGCUGAUUAGCCAAGAAGCUCCAAAAGGCUAGAGAACUGGCUCCUUUUUUUGCCAGAGAAAGGCAGGGCACCUUGACAGGAGGAAGGGCAGAGGCAGAAUUAGGAAAGGUGGGUGCAUUCAGUGUUUUCCUUCCCUAUUGUUUCACAGGCCAGCAUGCAAGACCCUCAAGGGAUGGGGAGCAUGGCUAUUUCAGGGUACAGGAAGAGGCCUUGGGAGGCCUGAGACAGGUGGGCUAGUGCCUGCAUUAUCUACAGCCUGGAUUUCCCCCACUCCUGCUUAAUGACCCAUGCAUUUGUUUAAUGAAUGCACUGGAAAGAGCAGGAAUGGCUGAUCAUUACUUGAGGCAGUUCAUUUAACGUUGUCCUGACCUUCAAACCUAAUGGGCAGGUUCCAUUAGGGUCAUAACUUGAGGACUAUGUGUAUGGUUGCAAUGUCUUACAGUCACAUUUUUGCCAUUUGCAUCUUCCUGCCAGCUUCCCCCUUGAUUGUCCUUGACAGAAGGAGGCAGUGGAGGUUAUAAAUGGUUAACAUAUGACUGUGGGAUGCUGCAGUGUCACAAUUGUGACCUGGUUGCCAAGCAUUCAAAUCAUGAUCACAUGACCAUAGGGAUGCUGUGAUGGCUCCAACCAUGAGAACCUACCAUAAGUAUCUACCAUUCAGUGGCAUUGUAACUUCAAAUGGUCACUGAACAAGCGGACAUUAAGCAAUGACUACCUGCAUUAAAAAUGCUGGGAAAGUAGAGGUAGAUUAGUUAUUAGAAAGAGUAUCCUAAUGGUAAUUGUUGCCAACCAGUGGGAAAGGUUGUCUCAUAAAAUGCCAUGUUCCCUUUCAUCAGACUAUUUAGGAAAAGCUGAGAUGAUACAACAAAAUAUAUUUCCAUUCAUUAGGUUAUUGUCAAUGCAAUUGGCUACUGACAUUUUUAGAUUCCUGAAGCUAUUUCAUUAAUCCACAGGAUUUUUCUGGCUUGCAGUUCAUUAUCUUGCAGGUUUUAGCAAUGUGGCUCUACCUGGUUGCCCUGGUAGGGCUUUACAUCCUCUGCCAAUUGUACUGGGAGAGACAGAUGGUGGAGAACCUGACAGAGAAAUAUGUCUUCAUCACUGGCUGUGAUUCUGGCUUUGGGAACCAGCUGGCCAGGCAGCUGGAUGCUCGGGGUCUGAGGGUGUUGGCUGCUUGUCUAACUCCAGAAGGGGCAGAACAGCUGGAAAAAGUCACAUCGGCUUGUUUGAAAACCAUUCUGCUGGAUGUCACCAACACUGAGAGUGUUGCAGCAGCAACUGAGUGGGUGGAGGAGCAAGUAGAAGACAAAGGACUCUGGGGCUUGGUGAACAAUGCAGGAGUUGCUUUCCCAUUGGCUCCCAACCAGUGGCUGACCAAGGAUGACUUUGCAAAGGUGCUAAAUGUCAACUUGCUGGGAGUGGUUGAUGUGACACUCCAUUUGCUGCCCCUCAUCAGGAGAGCCAGAGGGAGAGUGGUCAACGUGAGCAGUUUGGCUGGAAGAAUUGCCUUUAGUGGAGGCGGCUACAGCCCUUCAAAAUUUGCACUGGAAGCCUUCUCUGACAGCCUCCGACGUGAAAUGUAUCCUUUUGGGGUCAAAGUCAGCAUCAUCGAGCCAGGUGCAUUUUUAACAGGACUAGAUAAAUGUGCAGCAGAGUUCUUCAGCACCGUCUGGAGAAAUGUACCACCUGAUAUCAAAGAACUCUACGGCCAGGAAUUCUGGAGAAACUUUAACCAAACAUUUGUUGGCAAAAGAUGGAAGAAGAAAAAUCUCCACAUAGUUACAGACUGCAUGGAACAUGCCUUAAUCUCUGCCUACCCUCAUAGCCGUUAUUCUGCAGGCCGAGAUAUCAAAUUCUUCUUUAUCCCCCUCUCUUACUUGCCAACCCUACUGACGGAUUAUAUUCUGACAUAUGGCCACCCCAGACCAGCCAAAAGUCUGUAUUGAUCACAGUCUCAUAGUUUGUACAAGAAUUAGGCUACAUCCACUUCUCAUUUAGCAACUAUCUCAAUUAAUGACCAUUUGCAAAACUACGGUAAUAAAAAAUGGAUUUUCCAAUCAAUUGGCACAUUUAUGACCAAAUUUCAUCCACCCAACAAUGCAUACCAACCAGCGUGUAAUAUUUGCGGUGUCUCUGUCAGCAAUCAUUUCACUUCACAGACUGGUUAUUGGAACAUAACUUGAUUGAUAAACAAGAGGUGAGACACAUGGCUUAUAGCAAGAUGUUUAAAAAAUGUGAUCUGCUGGAUAGAAUCAAAUAUGUUGGAGAAGAGCAAGCAGAGCUGAGGGGUGGAGUUAAACAUGUCAUAAGGCUAGAGUAACUACAUUCCCACAAACAGCCCAAGUUCUCUUUCAUUGAACCUUAUUUGUUGCCAAUUUAGUACUGAACUUUAGUUGACUAGAUUCUUGUGUAUAAGUUUGAGCAAUAAAUGUCCUGAAAUGCAACUUAAUGCAUGGUCCUGAUCCUUCUCACCUGACACCCCAAGUUCUAAGGCAUGAAGGGCUCAACAGAGGAGAUCUGCAUAGCUCCUUGCAAGGCAAGGAUAUUCCCACCAUUAAUUGUAACUGGUGGGGCUCUAUUUUAGAACCACAGCUACAAGCAAUCUUUCAUGGGCAACAACUACUGCAUUUACUGGAAUCUUUGUUUGUUGUGCCCUGCUUUUGAACCUGGACCAGCUGAUGACCUAUAGUGGCUCUACAAAAGUCUGGAUGGUGCUCAGAUGACCUUUCUGCCUACUGCUUGAAAUUUUGCUUAUCCGGAGUUGGCUUGUUAAAUUUCCAAGCAAUUUUGGACUGUUUCAGAUUGUGUGUGCAUGUCUGCAUAUUGUAGACACCUUACUGUAAUUACUCAAACUAAGUAAAGACUUGACCUGGA